AAACUCUGGCAACACUGCAGCUGUUUGGUAGCGAACAGUAAAAGAAUUGUUUACAAAACAUUGUGAAACAAGAUUAGAAUAAUAAUAGUAAAACAAAUAAUGACAUGUUUCGUUGUUAAGCUGCUUCAACGCACCCAACUGUCCCACAGCCAAGUGGAUGUAAAGCCCUUCAUCUACGCCCGCUGCAACUGGCUGGACGACGAGGCCGAGUUCCACUUCCUGUCCACAUUCAACAACCAAAAUUAUCGGGGCAUUCUGAAAUAUACGGAAAUACGCAGUGCCGCCAAUGAUCUCGACCUGGAGUACGAAGCAUUCCUUGCCGAAUGCAAGAAAGCCCUCACUACGCACAUGGGAUUGACCGGUUUCGACUACGAGAUAUCCCAAGAGGACGAGCAGCCACAGGCCUUCAAACUGUACAAAUGCGCCGGCUACGAGACGCUAUACCUGGAUAUUCCGCUCAAGAAGGUGUCCAACUGCUAUCAGCUGCUGGAUGGAGCCAUUGAUCUGGGCCAGCAGCAGGCAACGCCGGUUCCUUCCCCAGAUAUUGAGCAGAAAACAAAGGUUAUGCUCGAAGAGUACGAGAAAUACGUGACGGAAUCCAAACAAAAAGAGACGGAAAUGCUGAAAAAGUUCAUUCUACUUAUAAAUAGCAAAAAGGCGCACAUCAGAGAUCUGAAGAGGCAGCUGGAGGAGCGACCAGAAAGGCAUUCCAAGCAGAGAAAAAUCAUCUCCGAUAGUGAGGACACCGACAAAGAUGAGGAGGAGUUUGGUGCGGCCACGCAAGCAAUGAAUAUCGAAAAUGACUCGUAGCAUGCUCCUAUAGCACUAGCACACCCCCCGCAACGAUACAUCUUACAUUGAGUCCGUGCUUGAAUUGUAUUUCUCUUCUUGCUUGUUUCGUUUUGUUUUAGUUCUUUUCUUUUCGAUUGUUUUGAUUUUGUAAAAUAAAUUAGCUUUAUAAUGUAUGUAUAUGUAUAUAUGUAUAAAUAAACAACAAAUAGACUUUAAACAUAAUACAUUAAAUUACCAGCAAAUAUAUGCAAUAGACGUGUGUGUGGUGUGGCUUACAAUUAGACCAACAGAAGAUCGUUUUGGAAUAAGUUACAAUAUAUGCAUAUGUAGUUCUCGUUGCAGUUGUUGGAAUUUCCACAGAAAAUAAAGUAAUUCAAGUCGUUAAUAAACAAAA